CAUGCAGCCUUUGCUGAUAUGCCAGGGAAUUGUGAGGCCCAAACCUCUGUGUCUAGGGUCAAAAUGGUUUCAAUCCCAGAAUACUACGAAGGGAAGAAUGUUCUUCUUACAGGAGCUACUGGUUUUCUAGGAAAGGUACUUCUGGAAAAGUUGCUGAGAUCUUGUCCUAAGGUGAAUUCAGUGUAUGUUUUGGUAAGGCAGAAAGCUGGACAGACAUCCCAGGAACAAAUGGAAGAAAUCCUUAGUAGCAAGCUCUUUGACAGAUUAAGAGAUGAAAAUCCAGAUUUUAGAGAGAAAAUUGCAGCAAUCAACAGUGAACUCACUCAUUCUAAACUGGCUCUUAGUGAAGAAGAUAAAGAGGUCAUCGUAGAUUCUACUAAUAUUAUAUUCCAUUGUGCAGCUACAGUACAGUUUAAUGAAAAUUUAAGAGAUGCCGUUCAGUUAAACGUGAUUGCUACACAACAGCUUAUUCUCCUUGCGCAACAAAUGAAGAAUCUGGAAGUGUUCAUGCAAGUCUCAACAGCAUAUGCCUACUGCAAUCGAAAGCAUAUUGAUGAAGUAGUGUACCCACCACCUGUAGACCCCAAGAAGCUGGUUGAUUCUUUAGAAUGGAUGGAUGAUGGCUUAGUAAAUGAUAUCACACCAAUAAUAGGAGACAGACCUAAUACAUACAUAUACACGAAAGCAUUGGCAGAGUAUGUUGUACAGCAAGAAGGAGCAAAGCUAAAUGUGGCAAUUGUGAGGCCUUCAAUUGUUGGUGCCAGUUGGAAAGAACCUUUUCCUAGAUGGAUUGAUAACUUUAAUGGACCAAGUGGCCUCUUUAUUGCGGCAGGGAAAGGAAUUCUUCGAACAAUGCGUGCCUCCAAUAACGCCCUUGCAGAUCUUGUUCCUGUAGAUGUAGUUGUCAACACAAGUCUUGCAGCAGCCUGGUAUUCUGGAGUUAAUAGACCAAGAAAUAUCAUGGUAUAUAACUGUACAACAGGCAGCACUAAUCCUUUCCAUUGGGGUGAAGUUGAAUACCAUGUAAUUUCCACUUUCAAGAGGAAUCCUCUGGAACAGGCCUUCAGACAGCCCAAUGUAAAUCUAACCUCCAAUCACCUUUUAUAUCAUUACUGGAUUGCUGUAAGCCAUAAGGCCCCAGCAUUCCUGUAUGAUAUCUACCUCAGGAUGACUGGAAGAAGCCCAAGGAUGAUGAAAACAAUAACUCAUCUUCACAAAGCUAUGGUGUUUCUUGAAUAUUUCACAAGUAAUUCUUGGGUUUGGAAUACUGAUAAUGUCAAUAUGUUAAUGAAUCAACUAAACCCUGAAGAUAAAAAGACCUCCAAUAUUGAUGUACGACAGUUACAUUGGGCAGAAUAUAUAGAAAACUGCUGCAUGGGAACUAAGAAAUAUGUUUUGAAUGAAGAAAUAUCUGGUCUUCCUGCAGCUAGAAAGCAUUUCAACAAGUUGCGGAACAUCCAUUACGGUUUCAAUACAAUCCUUGUAAUCCUGAUCUGGCACAUUUUUAUUGCAAGGUCACAAAUGGCAAGAAAUAUCUGGUACUUUGUGGUUAGUCUAUGUUACAAGUUUCUGUCAUACUUCAGAGCAUCCAAAACUAUGAGAUACUGAAGACCAAGAAUUUUGCAUUAGAACAU